AUGUUUUCAUCCCGAAUCAGCCUCCGUAGAUCAUGUCAAUCAUGUGCAAAACACAAGCGCCGCUGCGACCAACGGCUACCACAAUGCACCCGAUGCGCGACGAGAGGAACCCCCUGCGAGUACAUCAACACGCCAUGGGCAGUGGAAAAGAGGUCAAAUAGGCCCCCGGCAAGCGUUAAAGCAACUAGCUCGAUGAAUCUGCCAUUGCAUUUAGAGAUUAUCAAGACGUUCGAUGGGACGAUUAUCCGGUUUCUGGUGGAUAGCAUGCGGACGUUUCCCGUGACGUUUGCGCAGCAGAUGAAGACGUUAUUUAUUCACCCUGACUUGUACAGGAGCUCGCCGCAUUUGGCGCCGAUCCAGGAGAUCCAUACAGUUUGCAAGUCAUAUCAGAGCAAUGUGUAUUCGCCGCGAUUGUUUGGCAUUUUGCGGCAGAAGGCGGUUCAGAUUCACCGCUGCGCCACUCGCGCGUCUUCGUUCGAGGAGCUGCUCUUCUGCGUGCAGGCUUUGAUUCUCGCGCAUUGCAUACUGGCUUUUGAUGAACAUGAAAACAGUCAAUACUCCGAAGCAACUAGCACCAUGCUUACCAAUCUGGCUCUGAAACUGUGGCACCAAGCACCCAUUCAACUCCCGCAUGCAAUGAGUGCACGACGUGCAUGGCUGUUCGCAGAGAGUGUCCGGCGCACGAUUAUCAUCGCGUACAUGCUCUGCAGCGUAUACUCAUUUGGGAAAAGGAGUUUCUCGGUCCGCACGCCGUUUGUGGAUGCGUUGCCAUUUGACGUGCGGACGUCGUUGUGGGAUGAGCCGACAGAUAGUGGGUGGGAGGAGAAGGCGCGACAUGCGCCUGUGGCGAUGGUUUCGCUACGGGAGUAUUCAGAUAUGCUGGAGAGUGGAAGGGUUCAUGGGAUAUCGUUUUUUGGGAGUUUGAUUCUUGCGGCUUGUAAGGGGUUGCCGGCGGAGAAGGUUGCGUUUCCGCCGGUGCAGGGCUACAGAGACAUAUCUCUUUGA